AUGGCCGAAUACAAAACUGCUGGUGGUAACGCUGCGUUCCACAACUAUAUCAACGACUUCGCCCAUAUCACCGAUCCUCUUGAGAGAAGAAGACUGGCUCUGGAGAAGAUCGAUAAUGCCAGCUUUGGAUGGUACCACGUCAGAGCGGUCAUGGUGGCUGGAGUCGGUUUCCUCACGGAUGCGUACGAUAUUUUCGCCAUUAACCUAGGAAUCUCCAUGAUGACGUAUGUUUACUGGGGUGGCUCCAUGCCUGCCUCCACCAACACUCUUCUGAAAGUGUCCACCUCUGUGGGUACAGUCAUUGGACAGUUCGGUUUCGGAUUGCUUGCAGACCUGGUGGGAAGAAAGAAGAUUUACGGCACAGAGUUGAUCAUCAUGAUUGUUGCUACCGUUUUGCAGUGUACCCUUGGCGAGUCUAAGGCUAUUUCUUUCCCUGCUAUUCUCACAUUCUACAGAAUCGUCCAAGGUAUCGGCAUCGGUGGUGAUUAUCCGCUCAGUUCCAUCAUCACGUCCGAGUUUUCGACCACUAGAUGGAGAGGAGCCAUCAUGGGUGCUGUUUUCGCCAACCAGGGUUGGGGCCAGCUGCUGGCCGGUCUCGUGGCUCUCAUCUGUGUUGUCGCUUACAAGGACGAUCUGAUUGUCGCCGAGACGGCUUCCAGCUGCACUGGAAACUGUAUCAAGGCGUGCGACCAGAUGUGGAGAAUUCUUAUUGGAUUCGGCUGUGUGCCCGGUAUGGUUGCGCUGUACUUCAGAUUGACAAUCCCAGAGUCCCCAAGAUUCACUUUCGACGUGUCCAGAGAGCUCGAAAAGGCCACUGCCGACAUUGCCAAGUUUACCUCUGGUAAGCACGGAGACGCAGGCAGGGGCGAUAUCGAGGUCCUUAAGGAGACCGAGCAGGCUUUGGACGAGCACGAGGAACUGGGACCUCCAAAAGCCACUACCAAGGACUUCUUUGGUCACUUUUCCAAAUGGAAGCACAUGAAGAUCCUCAUUGGUACUGUUGGUUCGUGGUUCAUGUUGGAUAUUGCUUACUACGGCCUGGGUCUGAAUACCGCUUCCAUUCUGCAAACCAUUGGCUACGCGUCCUCCAAAAACGUCUACCACUCGCUUUACAACCAGGCUGCCGGUAACCUGAUCCUUAUUUGUGCCGGUGCCAUUCCAGGCUACUGGUUCUCGGUUGCCACCAUCGACACCAUUGGAAGAAAAAGCCUGCAAUUUGUUUCUUUCCUCCUUCUGACCUGCAUCUUCUGUAUUAUCGGAUUCGCCUACCACAAACUUGGAGACAAGGGACUUCUUGCGUUCUAUAUUCUUGCCCAAUUCUUCCAAAACUUCGGUCCAAAUACCACCACCUUCAUUGUUCCUGGUGAGUGCUUCCCAACCAGAUACAGAUCUACCGCGCAUGGUAUUAGUGCUGCCGCAGGUAAAGUUGGCGCCAUCAUUGCCCAGACCUGUAUCGGUACCCUGCAAGACCAUAACUGUGCCAGAGACGGCAAGGAGAAAAACUGCUGGCUGCCACACGUUAUGGAGAUCUUUGCUUUGUUUAUGCUGCUUGGUACUUUCACCACCGUUCUUAUUCCUGAAACCAAGAGAAAGACACUUGAGCAGCUCUCAGAGGAGCUCCACGGUGAGGUUGACGUCUCAAAGCACCAUUUGAGAGUGAACUCUUCCGACGAGGACGGAGAAAAAAUUGUCUAGACACACUCGCUAGGUCGUAUUUAAUUUUUUAUCUUGUUAAAUUUCUUUAGCAUAGAUCAAUUUAUGUCUGGGUCGGUCCACAACAAGCAGUUGUGCACUUUUUUCCAGAAAGUGGGGGCAUGUCGACACGGCGACAAGUGUGUGAGGACACACGUGUAUCCGAAACACUCGAGAACGAUUUUGUUUCCCAAAUUGUACGACAACCCGAAACAUGUGGAGGGACUGAAAAAGGGCGAUCCCGAGCCCGUCGCGCCGGAGAUCGUGUCCUCGCUUGACGAAACGCAAAUCCAGCAACGUAUCGACUCGCUUUACAAGGAUGUUUUUGUCGAACUCGCGCUGAAGUACGGGCCUGUGGACAAAAUUGUCAUCUGCGAGAACGUAAACCCCCAUCUUAGUGGAAACGUUUACGUGCGCUUCAGAGACGAAGCCGACGCAAUGAAGUGCUACAAGGAAUGCAACGACCGCUGGUACAACGGCAAGCCCGUUUUUGCCGAGCUCUCGCCGGUGACCAACCUCGACGACGCCACGUGCCGGCUCUAUUACUCAAACGAGUGCGACAGAGGCGGAAUGUGCAACUUCAUACACGAGAGACGGGCAGACUCCCGCUUGGAGCGCGAUCUGUUUGCCUCUCAGCGCCGCUCCAUGUCCGAAAGACGACGUUAGAUACUUGUUGGUGUCCGGGGUGCUUGUUAAUAUGUACAAAUAAUAAC